AUGGACCGCGAUGCGGCGCCGAGAGGCCUGGGCGCCUACGUGAAAGCGGCGUUUGGAAUGAGGAAUCCCCUCUUCAAGAACCAGGACACAAAAAGGGACCAACAACAACAUGAGCGGGAAGCAGGGCAUGAACUACAGGCUGCGGGAUUAGAAGAUGACGUGGUGACUCCCUCCAGAAAUGGGUCACUUGGGUCAGGCUCCUUCCACAGCAUCCCGACCGACGAGCCUGCCACCAUUGCAGUCUGGCACACGGGAGGCAAGGUGGAGCACAGGCACUCGCGUGACCAUGACGCUGUCAAGGUCUUCAAUGAUCAGGACGAUGACUCUGACGACAAGACAGAUGUUGUGGGUUCUCCUUCGUACGGCACACCAUUCUGGACGCCGGCCAUAGGCGGGGAAAAGGAGGUCAGGAGUGCUCGUGCUGGACAAAAAGUGACGUCCAUUCUGUUCCAGCACGAUGACUGUGAGGGCAGGGCCAAACGCUGGGGUGCAAGGCCCAUCCCAAAAGAGGCGCGUUCAGAUCACAAUAGUGGGAACUUGGGCAGACAGCGGGCGAGCCUGGGCGACCCUUGGUGCCAGGAUGGUGGCAAUUUGAGGCACCAGGACAGACAUCAGGGCACCAAGUCGGGUAUUGCAUCUGGUGCAGCUACACGAUCGAUGGAUGGAACAAAGAUGGCAAAGAAUGAGGCCCUCCCUGACAGGCUUAGAAAGGUUGGGGGUGGCCUGGCCGUGGGGAGCGGCCCGGCUAGAAAUUGGCGUGCUCCAGCGGGAGGCGAUGUGUUGGCCGGGGGUGACAGUGCGUCAUCCCUUGCCUCAAAGGUUCCAGGCCAGCAUGCACGCUUUCUUGCAGGUGAGGAUGCUCAGGUGCAGCAGUUCCAGAUGAAAGCUGGUGGGCCUGCCCCUCUUGGGAGCCAGUCAGACGAAUGGCAGGGUGUGGGAGGCCUGAAGACAGGCGAUUUGAAGCCGGGAGCGCAAGUGAUGGGAGAGGACGUCAGGCAAGCGCUUAGAAAUAUUGUGCAGUGGGGAGCCGGAGCAGCUGAUCGUGUGCCUGCUGCAGGGGGAAGAUGGGAGAGCAGGGUGAAGGCAGAUCAGAUGGUGCAUGUGUUGCAACUACAGAAGGAGCUGGAAGCUACCAAGAGACGUGUCCACAGCUUGGAACAGCAGAAUGAGAAUCUUCUUGCCCAAGCCAAGGACAUGGAGUUCCAGCUUCAUGAGUUUAGCAAAGACACACAGGAAGCUAGCCAGGGCUUCAUGCUCACAGGCACAAACAUAAGAAUGCAGCUGUCCUGGCAAGACGAGAACGAGCUGGCGAGGCUUCGGCAAGAGUUUGAGGUUGAGAGGCUGAGAGGCCGAGAAUCGCUUAUGCACCUGGAGGCGGAGCGCAAGAAUCGACAGGACUGUCAGAUGCAGCUGCUGGAGCUGAAGUCCAUGUAUGACGCAGCCUUGGAGAGUAGCCAGAGUGCCCAAGAGGCAGCAAGGAACUGGGAAGAGCAGGCAGCAGAGUUGCAAACGAAGUUGAAGGCGGCUGAACAGCGCAGGUUACUAUCAAAGAUGCCAAUCCACAAGGAGAACCACUUGCGACUGCCAACUAUACGGGAAGCACAGUCAGCCAGCCGAAUACCCAAAUGCUCCAGCAGUGCACCUGAGUCGGUGGCCAAAAAGCGCCGGUUUGGCUAUGUUUCUGGGCGCCAGCUGUAG